GAUGACUAAAGCACAUAGUGUGACAUUUCACUUCUUAUUUAUAGACACGUGUAGUAUGAAAAGUAAACAAUUUGACAAUGAAAUUACUUUUCUCUGCGUUAAAAUGUCAAUAAUGAUCUUCAACAAUUACGUACCUGCCAGUCAACAAUAAGGGUAAAAUUCUGUGGAUUCGGAGCGGAAGAGUUAUUUUCGUCGCUCCCAAAGCUCUGGUCCGACCCCUCCCGUGGUGUCAAAACAAACCCGGAGAGCGUGGCCGAAAGUCGGACUCGAUCCGCGAGCCGCCCCGGUCCGGCGACGAUGGCCCACCAUGCCAACAUCUCCGUGACGGAGAGCCAGUUUCGCUGUCCCAUCUGCUUGGACGUCCUCCAGGACCCGGUGUCCAUCCCGUGCGGACACACCUACUGCAUGGCGUGCAUCGACGGCUACUGGGACAGUGCCGAGCCGCCGGCGCACUUCAGCUGCCCGCAGUGCCGCGAGGCCUUCAGCCCCCGGCCGGUGCUCCGCCGGAACACCGUGCUGGCCGAGGUGGUGGCCAAGCUCAAGCCGAGAGAAGCCUCGGUGCUCUCCGAGCCACUCGAGCUGUACCUGGGCACCGCGGGCCAGGUGCCGUGUGACUUUUGCCCGCCGGAGAGCAAACUGGCGGCGGCCAAGUCGUGUCUGGUGUGCCUGGCCUCCUUCUGCGAGGCUCAUGUGCUGCCCCACCGGGAAGUGGACACCUUACGGCGGCACAAGCUGGUGGCCGCCGUGGAGUGUCCCGCCGAGCGGCUCUGCGCGCAGCACCGCCUCGGACUGCGGCCGCGAGCCGGCGGGGAUGUCGAGCCGGAGGAGGCCGCGGUGGAGUGGAGCGGAGACUGUCUGCUGUGCGAGGCCGACCGGGAGGAGGCGCACCCCGGGGAGGCUCAGAGGGCGCGGAGACAGGUUCAACUGCGGCAGUUUCAUAGGAUGGUUCAGGGCAAAAUCCGAAGUUGCGAGCGAGAGCUGGAGGAUUUCCAGCAGAGCUUGGAGUCCCUCAAGGUGUCGGCAUCGGCCGUUUUGGAGGACAGCGAGUCGCUUUUUGCUGACAUGGUAACACGACUGGAGAAGACAAAGGCUGAGGUACGAGCGCGCGUGGAGGCGCGCUCGCGAGCGUUGGCGGCUCGCGCCGAGCAGGAAGCGGAGACGCUGGAGAAAGAUCUGGAGGAACUGCGCCGGCGAGAUCGGGAGAUCGAACAACUUUUUCAGACCCAGGACAGCGAGCAAUUUCUGCAGGUGGCGCCGCUGCUGUGCCUUCCCGUGGCGACCGCCGCCCGGCCCUCGCCGACGUCUGGCCCCUCCGCCGAGGCCUUCAGUGGGGCCAGGGGGGCCCUGGGGAGACUUCGCAGCCGCCUGGAGGAAGUCUGCAGAGAGGAGAUGGACUCCAUCAGUAGGGCGGUUAAUGAGAACAACGGGUCAGGUGGCGAGUGCGCGAAAGGCGCAGUAAAUACGGCCGCCGAGAACUUCAAGCCUAAGCAUUCCCCUCGCCAUUCACGACAAGACGACACACAGGUGUUUGCCUCGUCGAUCUCUCCGUCCUUGCCGCUUCUGCAGCCGGCCGACCAAAGGAUGAGGGCCGUCUUCCUCAGGUUUUGCUGUCAUCUGUCCUUGGACCCGGACACGGCCCACCCCACACUGGUGCUGUUCGACGGGGGGCAGGGGGCCCACUGCGGCGAGGAGCUUCAGUCGUACCCGGCGCACAGCCAACGCUUUGACUCAGUGGCUCAGGUCCUGUGCUGUCAGGGCCAGUUUGGCGACGCCAGCUACUGGGAGGUGGAGUGGCACGGCGGCGGAUGGAUCGACAUAGGCGCCACCUACAGGCGAAUCGGACGCAAAGGCGGCGGAAAACCGUGCCUGCUGGGCCGCAACGAGAACUCGUGGCGACUUCGCUGUACGCACGCCGGUUACGCCGCAUGGCACGACAACCGCAAGACCACCGUGGCGGCGGUGCCGUGCCCGCGCAUCGGCGUUUUCCUGGAGCGCCACAAGGGGGCGUUGUCCUUUUACAGCGUGUCAGACAGCGUGGUGCUGCUGCACACCUUCAGAUGUGCCUUCUUGCAGCCCAUCUACCCGGCCUUCCGCCUGGAUCUGGACUCCACUCUGCUCCUCUGCCCUCCUCCAGCGUACUAAACGGCCGUGACCAUCUCUCCGAUUUUUUUUUUUUCAAACUACUGGCAAUCCCCGCAGUCACGGUUUGGCAUGGCUUGUAUAAAAAUAUUGCUUUUGGCUUAGCUUUGGUGGCCCCUUGGUAACUAUGUUGGACUGAAGAGGAGGACCUUCAUUUCACCCUGUUUCAUGGGGGGAAAAAAGUGCCUUGCUGCCGUUUUGUGGCAUGCAAAGACAAUUUCAAAUCUUAUCGGAAUGGCGUCAAUGACAUGCGGAUAUUUGCUUUGCGUCACAGUAGGGCUCGCUUUAAAUAAAAAACUAAAUCCAAAGGCUGUUCAGUGGGACCUCUGAAAUCCCACACGGAAGUCGGACAAAAUUCUGACUAUUUUCGUGUGAUCAGAAAAAAAAAAUCCAGGCAUUUUUUUUCUUUCCAUUAGGAUUACGACUUGAUCAAAAUGUAAUAAAAUUUUUUCUCACAUCGCUUUAUUCUAGGAAGAUAAAUUUCCUCAAUUUUAUUUAAUCUUAUUUUUGCGACCUUUUUAACGCUGAAGCUAACUAACUAUUCGCGUCGUCGACUUGUCAAAUAAAUUACUUAACAAUUACAUAUGAUGUAAUUUCUUUUAAAAGUAUAGCUACUUUUCUGGAAUAAAACGGCUUUUUGUCCACCCCACUCCCAAAAAAUAUUUUCUCAUACAUUCCCUUUGCCUUCAUUCCCAAAUUGUGCCUUUUUAUAUCGUCACAUAGUUUCUGAGAUUAAAAAUUUGCAAAAGUAGGAGAGUCAAAUCUUCAAGGAAAAUGCGGGAAUGUGGCGAGGCUACAUGUGUCAUGUCCUUUUGAAAAAAGGAGUAUGACAAGAAUAAAAUAGUGUUUUAUCGGGG